AUGGCCCCAAAAGCAGAAAAGAAACCAGCUUCCAAAGCUCCAGCUGAAAAGAAACCAGCCGCCAAGAAGACCGCUUCUUCUGAACCAAAGAAGAGAUCAAAGACUAGAAAGGAAACUUACUCCUCUUACAUCUACAAGGUUUUAAAGCAAACUCACCCAGACACUGGUAUUUCUCAAAAGGCUAUGUCUAUUAUGAACUCUUUCGUUAACGAUAUCUUUGAAAGAAUCGCUGGUGAAGCUUCUAAGUUAGCUGCAUACAACAAGAAAUCUACUAUCUCUGCUAGAGAAAUUCAAACUGCUGUUAGAUUAAUCUUACCAGGUGAAUUAGCUAAGCACGCUGUUUCUGAAGGUACGAGAGCUGUUACCAAGUACUCUUCUGCUGCCAAUUAA